AAGAUUCCAUCUUUUACCACUGUGCACAACACAUUUUGUCGAGCUAGGGCUGUAGAAACUGCAAUUUUCCUUUCCAUCCAUUUCCCCAAAUUUUCCUUCCAAUUUCCAUCUUCUACCACUGUACACAACACCAAUGGAGAUUUACAAAACCCUAGAAAUCACUCAAAACUCCCCCACCUCCCGCGUUUUGAACCUCCACCUAAACCGCCCCUCACUCCGCAACGCUCUCUCUCUAGACUUCUUCACCGAAUUCCUCAAAGCCCUAACCUCUCUCGACCAAAACCCUGACGCCGCCGUCAUUAUCCUCUCUGGCAACGGCGAUCACUUCUGCGCCGGCAUCGACCUCAAAGCCCUAACCUCGAUGUCCGCCGCAGUCCAAUCAACCGACCGCGGCCGCACCGCCGAGCGCCUCCGGCGACAAAUCAAGUUCCUCCAGGAUGCGAUCACGGCCAUUGAGAGGUGCCGGAAACCUGUGAUCGCCGCCGUCCAUGGUGCUUGUAUUGGUGGUGGAAUUGAUAUAAUUACUGCAUGUGAUGUGAGGUACUGUACGGAGAGCGCAUUUUUCUCGGUGAAGGAGGUUGAUUUGGGGAUUACGGCGGAUUUAGGGACGCUUCAGAGGUUGCCAAGUAUUGUUGGGUAUGGGAAGGCAGUGGAAUUGGCUUUGAGUGCACGGAGGUUUUCGGGGUCGGAGGCGAAGGAGUUGGGGCUUGUUUCUAGGGUUUUUGGUUCUAAGGAUGCCAUGGAUGAAGGUGUACAAGCUAUUGCUGAAGAAAUUGCGGCCAAGUCUCCCCUUGCUGUUACCGGAACAAAAGCAGUUUUACUGAGGAGUCGGGACCUAACUGUCGAUCAAGGGUUGGAUUAUAUUGCCACUUGGAACUCUGGGAUGCUUCUAUCCGAUGAUCUUGUAGAAGCAACGGCUGCGCAAAGCCAGAAAAGGGCACCUUCUUUUUCCAAGCUCUGAUCUUGUAUGCCUACUCCAUUGCAGGUUUGAGCUCUUUUUUACUUGCAACGGAGGUGGAAUUCUACACUGUAUUGGCUUUGUGCAGAAAAGGGCACCUUCUUUUUCCAAGCUCUGAUCUUGUAUGCCUACUCCAUUGCAGGUUUGAGCUCUUUUUUACUUGCAACGGAGGUGGAAUUCUACACUGUAUUGGCUUUGCGCGGAAAAGGGCACCUUCUUUUUCCAAGCUCUGAUCUUGUAUGCCUACUCCAUUGCAGGUUUGAGCUCUUUUCUACUUGCAACGGAGGCGGAAUUCUACACUGUAUUUUGUAAUAAGAAUGUUCUCUCAUCUCUGUAUCAGCUUGUGAAUACCAGUAAUCUACUUUCCUUGUUACAUAAUCUUAAAACUUCCAUACCUUUGUGAGCCCAAAAGUGGGAUCAAUCUUACAGCAAGCUUCAAGAUUUUUCUUUUCCAUUGCAAAAUCAUACCUAGAUUGAAGGAUUGAUGUGAAGAACUCCACUUUUUCCCCUUCUUUUGGGCAUGUAAUAAGAUAACUCUCCUAUGGCA